AUGGCCUGCGAGAGCUCACACCUGCCUGCUCGGGUGACAGGUGUGAAAGGCAGGACCCUGCACAUCGCAUCCCUCGCAAGUUCUUUCCCGUCCAAACCUCUUGCCGUGACCACGGCAGCCAGCCAGCCCCUGUCGGUGUGGGCGGACGCCCACCUCUCGGGAGCAGCCAUGCUGCGAGGCGCCUUCGUGCUUUGGAACCUCACCUUCUUCAAUGUGGAGAGGAGCCUGGCACGCAGGCUGCAGCAGAACACGCAUUACCCCUUCCAGGUGCAGCAGCCCAAUGUGUUUGUCAUGGAGUAUUACAAGGACACGCUGUGGAAGGGGGCCCUGAUCUUCCUGCUCUGUGUCCUGGGCGGGGUCUUCUACUUGAAGAGUGAGAACUACUUGAAGAGUGAGAAGGUCUCCCAGGAUUACUCCGGCUUCUUCGUCUACGGGAUCCUGGUCGGCUUCUGGCUCCUCCUCAGCUCCAUGCACAAGCGGCACCUGGUCAUCAACCACGCCCGGGGCUGCUACCAGAUCUACAUCAAGAGGCGGCUGUGGGAGGAGGGGCCCCUGCACCAGAUCUACGUCCGGCUGAUGGCCCAGACAGACGCCUACGGGAAACGCUUCUACAGCCUCAUCAUCAACGGCCACGGGCUGGAGGUGCUGGCCCUGGCCAGCCUGUCGGACAACUACGAGCACAUGGAGUUCCUGGGCAGGCGGAUCGCGCGCAAGCUGAAACUCAACUACUUCGACUACCUGGAUGUGUCCACGCGCCACGUGAUCCGCCACCGGCCCCCGCUGGAGCAGGACGAGGAGCUGCAGGUGUGA